AGAGAAACCAAAUGUCACUAGCGGUGGCACCGCUCCUGCCCUUCAAUGCCGGAGUUAUUCCUCACAUGUUGAGUAUCGGCGUAUCAGAGGCUGCACACAUUUUUAAUGCAGCUCUAGGGCUUGUCUUGUCUGUUGUCUCUGCGCGGUGUUUUUAAACGCAGUCGGAAUAAUUGCGAUAAUGGAGUGUCGUGUGUUGUCCAUUCAGAGUCAUGUUGUCAGGGGAUACGUUGGGAACAAGUCGGCAACAUUCCCGUUGCAGGUGCUGGGCUUUGAAGUGGACUCUAUCAACUCUGUGCAGUUCUCCAAUCACACAGGCUACGCCCACUGGAAAGGCCAAGUACUGACAGCAGAGGAGCUAAAUGUGCUUUAUGAGGGCAUUAAGCUCAAUAAGGUGAACCACUAUGACUACAUCCUCACAGGAUACAGCAGAGACGCCUCCUUCCUGGAGAUGGUGGUUGACAUUAUUCAGGAGCUGAAAAAGACCAAUCCCAGCCUAGUAUAUGUUUGUGAUCCAGUGAUGGGAGACCACGGUGCUAUGUAUGUUCCAGAGUACCUGCUGCCAGUUUACAGGGACAAAGUAGUGCCUAUAGCAGACAUCCUCACCCCCAACCAGUUUGAAGCAGAGAUAUUAACUGGGAGGAAAAUCACCACAGAGCAGGAUGCUGUUGAGGUGAUGGACUUGCUUCAUAAAAUGGGUCCAGAGACUGUGGUCCUUACUAGUACAGACCUGCCCUCGAAACAUGGGGACCAGUUCCUGGUGGCCCUUGGGAGCCAAAAAAUAGUGAAACCAGAUGGGAGCAACACCAGUCAGAAAAUCUGCAUGGACAUCCCCAAAGUGGACGCUGUGUUUGUGGGGACAGGAGACCUGUUUGCUGCCAUGUUGCUAGCCUGGACUCACCAUCACCCCAAAGACCUGAAGACUGCCUGUGAAAAGACUGUUUCAGUCAUGCACCAUGUCAUUAAGAGGACCAUCACUUAUGCCAACGAGAUGGCCGGCCCAGGGAAAAGGCCCAGUCCUGCACAACUGGAGCUGAGGAUGGUUCAGAGCAAAGCUGACAUCGAGAAACCUGCCAUUGUAGUGGAAGCGAAGGUUCUACAAAAGCCUUCCCACUGAAGAUCGUAACGUUAUUGUGAACAUUCACAUCGCGCUGGUACAAAUCGGCUUCAAAUCUGGGCGGUCCGCCAGACACAUGUAGGAUUUUCGCAUCAAAGACUGUCACGUGUCUCUGCCUUACAGAAUCUCUGAAGGAGUGCUACUAUGUUUUCAUGGGUUCAGCAGGAUUUGUUGUUCGUACAUUCUGCUCAGAAACACUGGAAUCACUGCCAUAUGUGUCUGUACUAUGGCCUGUGUAGACAUCAUCUGACAUUCAAAAGAAAAAAAGGACAUUAGCCAACAAUGUUUAGGGUUAAAGGUAGUGUAAGUGUACUUGAAUCCUUCUUAACACGGUUGAAAUGAUUUCUCAUCUUAAAUUAAGCUGAUAAAUGCAUGCAUGACCAUGCCUCUACUUGUUUUGGCUAUGAUCCUAUUUGAGGACUAAUCACAUUUACUUAAAGUGUGUUGCUCUCAAGGCAUUAUAAGCACAUCAAUAUACAAUUUAUUAUAUGAGUAAUGAAAAGAUAAUGAUUUAGGCCUAACACAAAAUUCAAAAACAAAGUGGUUAACAGCUUCUAGUGCAAAAAAAUACUUUUUUUUAACAAUGAUGUCAGAUUCACAGAGCAUUUUAUUGCAUUGUGAGUUUUCUGAAAUGAUCAUAAUAAAAAGGUAUGAGUGCAUGCAGUGUGCUUAUAAUGUACUUGGGUGUUUUAUCAUGCACUUUAAGAUUAGUGUCAUCACCAAUAGAUCCAGAUUGGAUGCAUUAUAAGCGCUGGCAUGAAGUGUAUCGUGACUCCCACAAACUGUCAAACAUCUUAUGCAAUUAAUAUGUAGUUGAUACGGUUUCAUUACCCCAAUGUGUUUCAUUUUUAAUUGUAACUUAAUGAUAAUCAUUUGAAUAGCUGAUGUCUUAAAAUUGUUCUUUUAAUCAAUUUUCUGGGAAGGAAAAAAAAAGUUUUUCACCUCUUUUUUUUAAUUCUGCAUUGAUGUCUUGAACUAGCAGAUGUAAUAACAUGUUAGGUCCAUGUCUUAAGCAUCUCAAAUUGAGGUAUUUGCACAGAUAAUCUUUAAUAUAUUUACUAAUGAUCA